AUGCAUGUCAGGUCCCAAAAGAUGCAAGAUUUUAUUGCUUAUUGCCGCAAGUGUAGCCAAACAGGCGAUGCAGUGAAUAUAAGCCAAGCUGCUUUCGAGACCAUGAUUAAUUUAGUUUCCAAUACCAUUUUUUCCAAGGAUGUAGUGGACCCUUAUGAAAAUUCAGGUAAAGAAUUUAAGGAUGUGGUCUGGAAUAUCAUGGAAGAAUCUGGUAAGCCCAAUUUGGCCGAUUAUUUCCCCGUGUUGAAAACGAUAGAUCCUCAAGGUAUUAGGCGACGCAUAGGGAAGCAUUUUAGUAAGUUUCUUCGGCAGAUUGAGGGAUUGAUUGAUGAACGAGUGGAGCAAUGGAGUAAAUCGCCAAAUUUCCAUAACGCAGAUUUUCUUGAUGCUUUGUUAAAUACUAUCCAAGAAGAUCCAUCCACAUGCUAUCGACAGAAAUCAUAUAGAACACCUGUGCCUGGUAAUUUUGAACUUCCUUAUUUGCAAAACCGGAUAGUGCUUUGGAACAAUUAUUUUCAACCAGCAAAACUAGCCUAA